GCGGCGCGCGGCCCGGGGCAGCCUGCGCGGCGCGGCCGCUGAGGGGACACGGGACGCCGCGCCACGCUCCCGUGCCGGCGGCCGCACAGCCCAGGUGGCUAUUUUUAAUGCAGUACUGACAUUAGCUGGCUGAAGACUAAACAUGAGAAUAGCAGGUGCUGCGAAGUUGGUAGUCGUCGUGGCAAUAUUUUUAUUGACUUUUUAUGUCAUAUCUCAAGUGUUUGAAAUAAAAAUGGAUGCAAACUUAGGACACAUAUUUGCUAGAUCAGCACUGGAUGCAGCUGCACGCUCUACAAAGCCUCCAAGAUACAAGUGUGGGAUCUCUAAAGCUUGUCCUGAAAAGCAUUUUGCGUUCAAAAUGGCAAGUGGAGCAGCAAACGUAGUUGGACCUAAAAUUUGUGUAGAAGAUAAUGUUUUAAUGAGUGGAGUUAAAAAUAAUGUUGGCAGAGGAAUAAAUGUGGCCUUGGUCAAUGGUAAAACAGGAGAACCAUUAGACACUAAGUUCUUUGACAUGUGGGGAGGAGAUGUGGCACCAUUUAUUGACUUUCUGAAGUCCAUCCAGGAUGGAACGAUAGUGUUAAUGGGAACAUAUGAUGAUGGUGCAACCAAGCUUAAUGAGGAAGCACGGAAACUGAUCGCUGAAUUAGGAAGCACAUCUAUCACUAACCUUGGCUUUAGAGACAACUGGGUCUUCUGUGGUGGAAAAGGAAUCAAGACUAAAAGUCCAUUUGAACAGCAUAUAAAGAACAACAAGGAUACAAACAAGUACGAAGGCUGGCCAGAAGUUGUUGAGAUGGAAGGCUGCAUCCCUCAGAAGCAGGACUAAAUGAAAACAAGAGAAAGACAGAAAGAAUAUGGAAGAAUAUGCACUUUCUGCUACUAUGAGGGAGAGGGCUAUGAAGGAAACCAUACUGUAAAUAUUAUUUUUAAAGCAUGCAACCAUCUUGUCGGUGUGUGCAUGAGCACUGACAUUUUGAAUAUUGGGGUUAUUUAUUGCUAACACAUGUAGAAAUCCUUUUUGUAAAUAUGUCCAGAAAAAAAAAGUCAAAUCAUUUCUAUGCAGGUUUCUUAAAAGCACAGUACCUAGUUUGCCUGUGGUAAAGAAUAUCUUGUAGAUCAAUUGGCUAAUAAAUUGCAUAUGUGGAUAACAAACAGAUCCUGACAAAUGUUGUACUGUCCUCUUAACAGCAUAAUGUUGCUGUGAGCAUGUAACCUUUGUGUAAUACUGUAGAUUUUAGUGACAAGUUGUUAAAGAGCUUUAAUUUUUUUCUAUUCUCUGCCUUUUUAAUGGCAGCAUUGAUUUUUAUUAAAGCUGUUUGGUUAUUCUAAUACCAAGUGCUCCAGAAAUUUAUUUUGUAGUCCCCAAUCACAACUGAGUAAUUGGUAAAGGAAGAACAAAUGACAACACAGCUAUGCCGUGAGAAGCACAAUUAUUUUUAUCAGAGGAAGAACAAAAGUAAAUGUAUAAAGAAUGUGUGUUAUUUAAAAGCAGCUUGGAAGGAUUUCUACUUAACUUGAAAAUAGCGUUUACUUUGUAGAAGAAACUUGGCAUGUUAAGCAGCAGUACAGUGACUAACUUGUUCACUUUUUUAAAUGCAAUUCAUGUACUGCUGCUUAACCAUCAAUUCUACCUAUGUCUGUUCAGCUGUAGUGGCUAGUCGCAUAGUAAAUGUGCAUUAUGGAAAUGGUUUCCUCUUGAGUUCUGACAUCGGGAAUAAAUUUCCCAUCACAAAGCCCGUUAGAAAGCUGUCUGCCUCCCAGCAAGAGUUGUUCCAGUGUACACAGUUGUGCACUGCUGUUACAUCUGAGGUGAGGCAAUUUGUUCUCAGUGUGAGAUGUUAGAGAAAAUACUGUAUCUUGCGUUACAUAAGUGUGUGACAUUUACACUUAACCAUCAAUGUUUCCUUCAUCUUUUUGUUAAACGGAAAAAAAAAUGGACCAAGUUGAAGUGCCAUUAUUCUUUAGCUUGUAUCAGAACUGUGAGAAAACAUUGCUUUCUUUGGAAACUUCUGUUUCUUUUAAGUAGGGCCAACUUGAACUUUUGCUGAAGUGAAAUUAGCAUGGUAUAACUGACAGUGUUGGGAUUCACAAAAUGGGCUGACACAGAACCAAAUGUAAUUUCUUGAAGCUUCGUUAUGAGCUCUGGAAUAAUAAAAAACUUCUAGCUAGUACCAUGGGGCAAAAGCCACAAAAAAAUUUUCAGGAACACACAGUGUGGCUGAACACAGUGGCACUCAAAUACUAUUGAUAUCUUCUAGGACAAAUUUAAUUCUGUGCACUAAAAAUGUCAAGCAAUAUUGGGAAUCAUCUUGUAAGUUAAAUAACCCAUGAGACCAGAGUAAGACUGGAUUCUGAGUUGUCUUGUAUGUUUAACUAGCUUGCUAAAUAAUGUGUUUUUCCCUGAAGUUUAAUGUAGAACAGCAAUAAAUGCACCUUACACAGUGAAACUG